AUGGCGUCAAAAGACAAGUACUCGGUGCUUUUACCGACUUAUAAUGAGAGGGAAAACCUUCCUCUCAUAGUCUGGUUACUCGUUAAAUACUUCACAGAAAGUGGAUAUGACUAUGAAAUCAUCAUUAUUGAUGAUGGAAGUCCUGAUGGAACACUGGAGGCAGCAAAACAACUUGAAAAGAUCUACGGCAAAGAUAAAAUUGUCUUAAGACCAAGAGAAAAGAAACUUGGAUUGGGAACAGCAUAUAUCCAUGGAAUUAAACAUGCAACUGGAAACUUUGUGAUUAUAAUGGAUGCAGAUAUGUCUCAUCACCCAAAAUUCAUUCCAGAAUUCAUCAAGAAACAGAAGGAGGGUGACUUUGAUCUUGUGUCAGGUACAAGAUAUAUAGGAGAUGGAGGAGUGUUUGGUUGGGACUUCAAACGAAAACUAAUGAGCCGUACAGCAAACUAUGUAACACAAGUGUUGCUGAGACCUGGAGCUUCAGAUCUGACCGGUAGCUUUAGACUGUACAGGAAGGAAGUCCUCCAGAAACUGGUAGAAGCUUGCAUGUCUAAAGGUUAUGUGUUCCAGAUGGAGAUGAUUAUCCGGGCCAGACAGUUCGACUACUCCAUCGGAGAAGUGCCAAUUUCCUUUGUGGACCGAGUAUAUGGUGAAUCCAAGCUGGGAAAGAAUGAGAUCUUUGGGUUUCUAAAGGGACUUUUGUACCUUUUCGCUACUACCUAACAUUAUAAACUGUUAUUAUAUUUGAUAUACAGCAAAAUAUCAUAAUAAAGUUAUUUGUUACAUGA